AUGGCCACAAAAUUCUGCAUUUUUCCACCUUUAAUCAUCCUAACAAUAUUAACUUUCAGUUCUUCUGGAAAUGCUCAAGUGUCUGAAGUAACAACUUCUAAUCAAGGUGUUCUCUAUGCUUCUCCACCACCACCAAAUGGAUGUCCCUAUUCUUGCCUUCCUCCACCUACCCCUACCGACUGCCCACCGCCUCCAUCUUCACCACAGCUACCACCUUCAGGGCAAGUCAACUACCCUCCGCCAAUGGGGUAUUAUUUGCCACCAGGUGGAGACUUUUUACCUCCACCGAUGUACGUGUAUGGUCCUCCACCUCCUAAUCCAAUUUUACCUUACCUCCCAUUUUACUACAAGAAUCCACCAUCUGAUUACUCUUCAGCUGCAAGUGAUCAUAAUUUGACAAGCAAGUUAUUGCUACUAUUUACAUUACUCCUUAUCUGGUCACAGUAA